CGUCGGUCCGGGGGGGGGAGGCGUGGGGGGGGAAAGGCACGCUGCACGGAUCGGGCUUUCAAUGCACCUUCUCCAAGCCGGCCGAGGAUGUGAGCCGGGGCGGCGCAAGCGGCAAGAGCAGGUUCUGACCCGGUUCCAGAGGACCUGUGAGCCCCGGUGAGGUGGGCGGGCGGCCCAGCCGAGGCCGGAGUCCCCUGUCCGGCCCUCAGCAUGAAUCCCAGUUCACCGGUGUUCCUGGUCGUCCCCGUCGCCAGCCUCCUCUCCUGGCUGAUGACCGGCUGCGCCACCGAAAGUCCCCCACAGUUCGUCAAGCACCCCGUGGACCAGAUCGGGGUGUCGGGAGGCGUAGCGUCCUUCGUGUGCCAAGCGACGGGAGACCCCAAGCCCCGGGUCACCUGGAACAAGAAGGGAAAGAAAGUGAACUCGCAGAGGUUUGAGACCAUCGAAUUUGAUGAAGGCGCUGGAGCAGUCUUGAGGAUACAGCCACUUCGGACACCUCGAGAUGAAAACAUUUACGAAUGCGUUGCCCAGAACUCUGUGGCGGAGAUCACGGUCAACGCCAAACUGACUGUUCUCAGAGAGGACCAGCUGCCUCCUGGAUUCCCGGUCAUUGACAUGGGCCCUCAGCUGAAAGUGGUUGAACGUACACGGACAGCUACGAUGCUCUGCGCCGCCAGCGGGAAUCCAGAUCCAGAGAUCACCUGGUUUAAGGAUUUCCUGCCUGUUGACCCCAGUGCUAGCAAUGGACGAAUCAAGCAACUAAGAUCCGAUACUUUUGAAGGUACUCCGAUCCGAGGUGGCCUUCAGAUCGAGAGCAGCGAGGAGACGGACCAGGGUAAAUAUGAGUGCGUUGCCAGCAACAGCGCCGGCGUGCGCUAUUCUUCGCCCGCCAACCUAUACGUGAGAGAGCUACGAGAAGUGCGGCGCGUGGCUCCCCGAUUCUCCAUCCCGCCCACCAGCCACGAGAUCAUGCCAGGCGGGAACGUGAACAUCACCUGCGUGGCGGUGGGCUCGCCUAUGCCGUACGUCAAAUGGAUGCAGGGGGCCGAAGAUUUGACGCCGGAGGAUGACAUGCCAGUGGGACGCAACGUUCUUGAGUUGACCGACGUCAAAGACUCCGCCAACUACACGUGUGUCGCCAUGUCUAGCCUGGGUGUCAUUGAAGCGGUGGCCCAGAUCACCGUCAAAUCCUUUCCCAAAGCUCCAGGCACCCCUGUUGUCACCGAGACCACGGCCACCAGCAUCACCAUAACCUGGGACUCUGGAAAUCCGGACCCAGUCUCCUAUUACGUGAUCGAGUAUAAGUCAAAGAGUCAGGACGGGCCAUAUCAAAUCAAGGAGGACAUCACCACCACCCGCUACAGCAUUGGGGGGCUUAGUCCCAACUCAGAGUAUGAGAUCUGGGUGUCGGCGGUGAACACAAUUGGGCAGGGCCCUCACAGCGAUUCCGUUGUGACCCGUACGGGGGAGCAGGCCCCCGCCAGCGCCCCUCGAAAUGUUCAGGGCCGGAUGUUGAGCGCUUCGACCAUGAUCAUCCAGUGGGAGGAACCGGUGGAACCGAACGGUCAGAUCCGGGGGUACCGGGUGUAUUACACCAUGGAGCCCGACCAGCCAGUCAGCAACUGGCAGAAACACAACGUGGAUGAUAGCCUCUUGACCACCGUUGGGAGCCUUCUGGAGCACGAGACCUACACCGUGCGAGUCUUGGCGUUCACGUCGGUGGGGGACGGCCCGCUCUCGGAUCCCAUCCAAGUGAAAACCCAACAAGGAGUUCCCGGGCAGCCAAUGAAUUUCCGAGCGGAGGCGAAGAGCGAGAGCACCAUUUUACUGACCUGGAGUUCUCCCCGCCAGGACAUUAUUCUGAAGUACGAACUCCUUUACAAGGAGAUUAGCAACAAACCAGGAACCCCGGAGUUUCUGAAGACCUUUGACCCCGUGACUUCCUUCCUGGUGAAAGAACUCAACCCCAACACGGAGUAUGUCUUCCAGCUGGCGGCUCGCUCAGCUUUGGGCCUUGGAGCCCCGACAUCGGAGGUCAGGGAGCGCACGCUGCAGUCUAAACCGUCCGCCCCCCCUCAAGACGUAAAAUGUGUCAGCACCAGGUCCACGGCCAUUCUGGUAAGUUGGCAACCACCGCCGGUUGAGAGCCAAAACGGUGACUUGGAAGGCUAUAGCGUCCGUUAUCGAGCCCUGGAUCCCGAGGUCAGCGAAUUGAAAGAGGUGAAGGAUAUCCCCGCCGCAACCACCCAGAUCACCCUCGAAGCCCUGGAGAAAUGGACGGAGUACCGCAUCACCGUGGUGGCGCAUACGAUUAUGGGGCCCGGCCCGGAAAGCUCGCCCGUCAUUGUCCGUACCGACGAAGAUGUGCCCAGUGCCCCACCUCGCAAGGUGGAAGUUGAAGUCCUCAAUUCAACGGCCAUCCAAGUUUUCUGGCGCUCCCCAGUCCAAAACCGCCAGCAUGGACAGAUACGUGGCUACCAGGUGCAUUACGUCCGCAUGGAGAACGGAGAAGCCAGUGGCUUGCCCCAGAUCAAGGAUGUCAUGUUGGCUGACGCUCAGUGGGAGACCGAUAACACUGCAGAAUACGAAAUGGUCAUCUCUGGACUUCAGCCAGAGACCACUUACUCAGUCACAGUCGCUGCCUACACCAUGAAAGGGGACGGGGCCCGGAGCAAGCCGAAGCCAGUUGUGACCAAGGGAGCAGUCCCAGGAAAGCCGAUCCUGUCCGUCUAUCCCACCCAAGAAAACACUCUCCUGGUCAAAUGGGAACCCCCUCUGGAAGCCGAAAGCCAAGUGCUGGGGUACCGCCUCCAGUUCGGCCGCAAGGACGUCGACCCGCUGGCCACCCUGGAAUUCGCCGCCCAGGAGGACAAAUACACAGCCACCCACGUCCACAAAGGUGCCACGUACGUCUUCAAGCUAGCCGUGAAGAGCCGAGCUGGCUUUGGGGAGGAAGCGCUGCAGGAAAUAGCCAUCCCAGAAGAUGCGCCGAAGGGUUACCCCCAGAUUCUCGAGGCGAGCAACAUCACCUCCAGAUCGGUCCAGGUGAAGUGGAUGCCCCCCGUCUUAGCCGAGAGGACCGGGGUCAUCGUCAAGUACACCGUGGCCUACCGGGAGACCACCUCUUCGGGAAACCCCCAGGAGAAAGAGCUGCCCCCCUCUCCAGAAAACUCGUACAUCCUGAACGGUCUCAAGCCCAACACCGCUUACGAUGUUAAAAUCCGAGCCCAUACCAGUAAAGGUCCCGGGCCGUACAGCCCGACUGUUCAAUAUCGGACGGUCCUUCUGGAUCAAGUUUUUCCCAAAAACUUCAGAGUGAAAAUGAUCACCAAGACGUCGGUCCUCCUGGGCUGGGAGUUUCCUGAAAAUUACAACUCUCCUAUUUCAUACAAGAUCCGGCAUGAGAACACCGGUCAAGAGAUUGAGGUGGGUGGAAGUGCCACCAAGAAGCUCAUCACCAAUCUGAAGCCAAAAACAUCUUAUCGGUUCUCCCUCGUGGGCCAGAGAAGCGAGAAAGGAGAUCUUCAGCAGAAGGUGGAGGUGUCAACCGCAGCCAAUAUGCUGAGCAGAAAACCAGAGGUGUCUUAUCGACAUGAAAUAGAUGGCAACGUGAUGGUGAAUCUGCCAGAUGUCAGGAGUUCAGACUCCCCAGUUCAAGCCUAUUACAUUGUGGUGGUACCCUUGAAGAAAAGCAAAAGUGGACAAUUCCAUAAUGCAUACAACAGUCCGGAAGAAAUGGAUUUAGAAGAGCUCAUUCAGCAGAUCUCAAGACUACAGCGGCGAAGCCUCCGCCAUUCCCGUCAGCUGGAUCACCACAAAGCGUACAUCGCAGCCCGUUUCCACAUCCUGCCCCCUUUCUUCAUCCUCGGGGAUAUGAAACGCUACGACAACUUUGAAAAUAAACCCCUGGAGGCCGGACAGAAAUACGUCAUUUUCGUAUUGGCCGUUCUGCAGGCCAGUGAACCCCUGUACGCUGCCAGUCCCUUCUCUGACCCCAUCCAGAUGGACAGCUCUGACCCCCAGCCCAAGAUUGAAGGAGAGGAGGGGUUGAUCUGGGUGAUUGGACCGGUUUUAGCUGUAGUCUUUAUUAUCUGCAUUGUUAUUGCAAUCCUCCUGUACAAGAACAAGCCAGACAGCAAACGCAAAGAAUCGGAGCCCCGGAUCAAGUGCUUACUGAAUAACGCCGAGAUCGCCCCUCACCACCCGAAAGAUCCCGUGGAGAUGCGACGCAUCAACUUCCAGACGCCAGAUUCUGGCCUCAGCAGUCCACUCAGUGACCCUGAGCUUGACCUUGAAAGUAUGCUGAACCAUCCACCAAUCCCCAUUUCGGAUCUGGCAGAUCACACGGAGCACCUGAAAGCCAACGAUAACCUGAAGCUGUCUCAGGAAUACGAGUCCAUCGAUCCUGGGCAACAGUUCACGUGGGAACACUCCAACCUCGAGGUGAAUAAGCCCAAAAACCGCUACGCCAACGUCAUCGCCUACGAUCAUUCUCGCGUCAUCCUCCUCCCGAUCGAAGGCAUCCUAGGCAGCGACUACAUUAACUCCAACUACAUCGAUGGGUACCGCAAGCAGAACGCCUACAUUGCCACGCAGGGCCCUUUGCCGGAGACCUUCGGUGACUUCUGGCGGAUGGUUUGGGAGCAGCGCUCCGCCACGGUGGUGAUGAUGACAAAGCUGGAGGAGAAAUCCAGGAUCAAAUGUGACCAGUACUGGCCAGGCCGAGGCACCGAGACUUACGGGAUGAUCCAAGUGACCUUGUUAGACACCAUUGAGUUGGCCACAUUCUGCGUCCGCACGUUUUCUCUGCAUAAGAACGGAUCCAGCGAGAAGCGUGAAGUCCGCCAGUUCCAGUUCACCGCCUGGCCGGAUCACGGAGUUCCUGAAUAUCCCACGCCGUUCCUGGCUUUUCUGAGGAGAGUGAAAACCUGCAACCCGCCCGAUGCCGGCCCCAUCGUGGUGCACUGCAGUGCUGGGGUGGGCAGGACCGGCUGCUUUAUCGUCAUCGAUGCCAUGCUGGAGAGAAUAAAACACGAGAAGACGGUGGACAUUUAUGGGCACGUCACCCUCAUGAGGUCCCAGCGAAACUACAUGGUACAGACAGAAGACCAAUACAGCUUCAUACACGACUCUUUGCUAGAAGCUGUUGCCUGUGGGAACACGGAGGUCCCCGCCCGGAACCUGUACACCUACAUCCAGAGGUUGGCACAGAUAGAAGUGGGAGAACACGUCACAGGCAUGGAGCUGGAAUUCAAGAGACUCGCCAACUCCAAAGCUCACACCUCCAGGUUCAUCAGUGCCAACCUGCCCUGUAACAAAUUCAAAAACCGCCUUGUCAACAUCAUGCCAUACGAGACCACACGGGUUUGCCUUCAGCCUAUCCGCGGAGUCGAGGGCUCCGACUACAUCAACGCCAGCUUCAUUGAUGGAUACAGGCAGCAGAAGGCCUACAUCGCCACCCAGGGACCCUUGGCUGAGACCACAGAGGACUUCUGGCGCAUGCUUUGGGAGAACAACUCAACCAUUGUGGUGAUGUUGACCAAGCUGCGAGAGAUGGGCCGGGAAAAGUGCCACCAGUACUGGCCAGCCGAGAGAUCUGCACGGUAUCAGUACUUCGUGGUGGACCCCAUGGCUGAAUAUAACAUGCCUCAAUACAUCCUCCGAGAAUUCAAGGUCACCGAUGCCAGGGACGGCCAAUCAAGAACCGUGCGUCAGUUCCAGUUCACCGACUGGCCGGAACAAGGUGUGCCAAAAUCCGGGGAAGGCUUUAUUGAUUUCAUCGGGCAGGUGCACAAAACGAAGGAGCAGUUUGGACAAGAUGGGCCCAUUUCGGUCCACUGCAGUGCGGGAGUAGGCAGGACCGGCGUCUUCAUCACGCUAAGCAUCGUGCUGGAGAGGAUGCGCUACGAAGGGGUGGUGGACAUCUUCCAGACCGUGAAGAUGCUGAGGACACAACGGCCCGCCAUGGUGCAGACAGAGGACGAAUACCAGUUCUGCUAUCAGGCUGCCCUGGAAUACCUGGGAAGCUUCGACCACUAUGCAACAUAAUAAGGAAAAGUUUCACAAAAGCCAUUCGUUGCGCAGACUCCUAACACUUUUUUCAGCCUGCCAGGCUCCUGUUUGAGCGACCCGAAGCUAGCCUCGACCUUUCUUAAAACACCUACAGACUGAAUCAGAAAAACAAAACAAAAAAACAGUUGCCUCCCCUAUCCACCCGUUUUGGAUGCUCCGCCAGGAAGGAGGCGGGGGGGGGGGGAGCCCAGCCGCAACGCCCUCCUCUUUCUCUCGGAGGCGCCACGGCCUCUCCGAAAGGGACUCUCGGCCUCUGUUUGGAAACCCCAGAGCAUCCCCAGAGUGGUUUUUUUUUCCCCUUCUUCUUCUUCUUUUCCAUCUUUUUAAGUGGCAAACUUGUUAUCCUUACCUCAUCUGGCGAUGACGGUGUGGGGAGCGCGCAGGGACCGUGGUGCAACCGAACCAAGGACCGUACUGAACUUUUUCCUAUUGCGGCAGACGCCGGCCUCGUCCACACACCUUGGAGAACAGCCGUCCGGUUGGAGAAAACCGUGGUCAAGAAGCAGACAUACACACAGAGAAAGAGAGAGAAACUUAAAGAGCCGAUGGGGAGAAUAGCAAGAGAAGAAAUUGGCCCCAACAAGUAACAUAUUAGGGUUCGGUUGACCUACUACUCUUUGCGGGCGGACUUAAAGGAAGCCAUUUUAGGCGUGCAAAAUUCAGAGGCGAACAAAGCAAAAUUGUGCAUCCGGUCGGGGGGCGGGUGGGGUGGCAGGACUCCGUUUCCACACACACCAAGGGGUUUUUGUUUUUUUGGGUUUUUUUGGGCUGUCCUGCGGCUUCUUUCUCAGCUGAGCUUUUCCAACACUUUCAACAUUCCUCUUCUUUUACCACUGCAAACCCUCUUAACGUCAAAAAGCAAACCAGAACAGGCAAUAAAACGAGUCCUCCCGCGCCCCAGGCAUUUCACAUUUUGCAAAAAAAAAAAAAAAAACCACAGUAUUUUGCCGCUCGCCCAUCCGCCCACCCGCCCGCAGGCAAACUAAACUCUGAAUUUUUGGGAAAUCUGCCAAGGCAGUUCCAGGUUAUCUUCUGCUCUCCAGAUUCCAAAAAGAGUGAGGGCCACGGAGAUUUGAAGUAUAUUUCACACGAGUUCCAAUUUCUUUUUCGUUUUGUUUUGUUUUUUUUAGGAAUUCCCGCCCCCCCCCUGCUUUUCUGAUUCUCUUAGCCCAUCCAAACUAAUCUCUCUCUCUCUCUCUCUCUCUUUUUUUUUUUUUCUCGUGGUCGUUGUCGUUGCUCUCAUUUAUUUUUGUGGGCGUUUUAACUUCCCCUUCCUUCCCUGAUGCCAAAGAGAAAAAUGGCAGAUGUGAAGAGGGCCUGUGGAUUUGGGGGAAAGAGGAAGCCCGCGUGGGCUCCCUAAAUGUCCAAGAUAGGGACACGAUCCAGGCAGAAUAGACAAGACUUGCAAGGAUUUGGGUAAGGGUUAAGCCCCCACCAGCCAGUGGCUUUCUUUUAAAAAAAGGUAUCGCUGUAACUCUCUUAUAAGUGACAUUUAUUUCUUAUUUUUUUAUUUCCUGGGUCUCCUUUUUUUUUUUAAUAGUGUAAUUUUUUUCUCCUUUUUUUAAAAAAUAUGUAAAAAAAAUACAAAAGAAUAUGUCAAGGAAUUUACAAAAAAAAAACCUACUUAUUUGUUCAUAUUAUGUUUAAAGACAGUCUAUUUUUUCACUGUAGAAAUGUUAACGUGUAAUGGUUGUGUGACAUAAGAGAAACGCCGUGCAAAAUAAUUGCUACUUUUACAUAUUGCUUUUCUACCAUUUAAAAAAAAAUGAGAGGAGGAGGAGGAGGAAGGAAGGAAGGAAAGGGCUCACUGCUCACGUUUAAACAAAAACGUCGCUGCUUUUCUUUUUCCUUUUGGCAAGAAUUAUUGUGAAUUAUUGUUCAUCUCUCCUCUAAGGCAUUUGGGGAGCCUGGCCAGAGGGAGUGAAAUUAAGGAUCCUGGAGAAGGGGGGGGGGGUGUCCUUUGCUCCUGAAUUGCCCCAUUUCUCAAUCUCUUCCAGACCCAGUGAACACCCCAAGCCCCAAGCAAUCACCCCAACCAUGCAACCUUUGCAUCCAGAGAAGACCCUCCCAAAAUCUCCCUUGCAUCCCUGGAAGGGAUCCCCAGGGGGAAAAAAAUCCAAUUUAAAAUCAUCCGUGAUGCCCUUUGCCAGUCCAGGAAGAGCUCAAAACGUCUACAUUUCCUGCUUCUGAGGCAGUGUUUCUCAACCUUGACCAUUUUAAGGCAUGUGGACUUCAACUCCCAGAAUUUCACAGCCAGCAUUGCUGGCUGUGGAAUUCUGGGAGUUGAAGCCCACAUGCCUUAAAAUGGUCAAGGUUGAGAAACACUGUUCUAAGGGAUUUUUUUUUUUUGAGGGGGGGGGAAUGUUGGUGGACGCUGGCUGGAACGUGUCCGGGUGGACAAAACGCAGCUCCAAAGUUCUGCUCAGCCUUAAAAUACGGGGUGGACUCAGGCUGGUCACUCUCCUGCUUUUAGCCUAACCUACCUCGCAGGGUCGUGGGGAGGAGAGAACCGCUCGCUGGGAUGAAGAAGAAGUAGGGACCCUCGGAAAAUUGCCCUCUUUUCCCCUGGCAAGGUGGGCAUCGGCCUUUCUGGAUCAAAGCUGCCGAAUCGUUGGGCAGCAAGGUGGAUCUUUUUUCCGAAAGGGAUGGUCCACACAUACGCAGCAACACACACACACACACACACACACACAUUCAAAAUGUAUAUUUAAAAUUUUGCGGCUGACAAAGAGUUAAAGGGAGACUAGUAUAGCUAUUUCAAGCUCUUUAGCUCUCAUCAGCUAGCAGAUUGCUUUACAUUUGGUACACCGGGUGUUCCACCCAACAUACAGAUGUGUGUGUGUGUGAGAGAGAGAGAGAGAGAGAGAAGGUAUGGUACCAAGCCAAACCUUCCACCCUUCCCAGGCCUGGGUUCAAGUCCUACUGUCGCUUCUGAGGGAUCAUUUCCGGCAAAAACUAAACAUCUAGGAUAGCCUGUCUCUUCUUUUUUUAAAAGGGGGAGGCAAGGAAAUGGAUUCUCCUGGCUUGAUCAGAAUGGUAUUUUUUAAAAGAUAUAUCUCUUAUAUAUAUAUAUAAAUGUUAAAUUUGGAUUGCUAACAAAGAGUUAAAGGAAAGCUGGUAUAGCUAUUUCAAGCUCCUUAGCUCUCAUCAGCCAGCUAUAUAUUUGUGAACUCUUUCCCCUGUCCCCCCCCCUCGUUCUCUAAACUUUCUUUACAGGUUGUUUUUUUUUUUUUGGCCAUUUGAAAAAGAAAAAGAAAAGCUUAUUUUGGCAGGGCCGGGGAGGAAAAAGUUCGUGUGUGGGAGGGCUGUAGGAGGGGGGAGGGUUGCAGAUGGGACCCGCCUCCCUGUUUUUCCUUCCCAGGGCCCCCCCUCCCCUCCUUUCUGCGAAAGCGAGGCCCUGGCGCCAGCAGCCUGCGAUUCCAAAUGGAAAACGGUCUGAAGUGGUUGCCACGCCACUCUGUAUGUAGAUAUAUAUAUUGACUUUGUAUUAAAGGAAGAUUGUCUGGAAAAAAA